AAGGAAAAGCGACUUUACAGCUUACUGCCUUUUAACAUCGCAUUAUAAGAUUAAAAAUACUAUAGGCUGAUUAGCCCAAAUUACGUAAAUAGUAAUUAGCAUGAUACUGUACUAAAUUCCCUAUAAGUAUCUGAAUUAUGAGACCAAUAACCCUGCAGACACAGCAAUAAUGGCCUCAAAUAAGCUAAGUUUUAUAUUGUCAACUUUUAUUCUAGUGGUAUACCAAUGUGUAAUUCCCUUAAAUGCUCAGCUCCAAGUGGGGUUUUAUAAUGGAGUGUGUGACUUUGUAGAAUCUAUGAUCAAAGAAGAAGUAAGGGAUGCGUUCAUUCUUGACAGGGGAGUCGCUGCAGGCCUAGUUAGGAUGCAUUUCCACGAUUGUUUUGUUCGGGGAUGUGACGGAUCGGUGCUUAUUGAUUCCACUCCUUCAAAUCAAGCAGAGAAAGAUGCACCAGCAAAUAAUCCUAGUCUUCGAGGCUUUGAAGUCAUUGACGAUGCAAAAAGUAGACUCGAAUUCUUAUGUCCAGGAAUCGUCUCAUGUGCUGAUAUACUUGCUUAUGCAGCAAGGGACAGUGUGGAAAUAACAGGAGGGCCUGGCUACGAUGUUCCUGCAGGAAGAAGAGACGGCAGAAUCUCAUCAUCCAGAGAGGCAUCAGCAAACUUGCCAUCUCCUGCCCUUGGUGUCAACCAACUCAUUCAAGCAUUUGCAAAUAAGGGACUUCGGCCUGAUGAAAUGGUAACGCUUUCAGGAGCACACACCAUUGGGCGAUCACAUUGCAUUUCAUUCAGCAACAGACUAUUCAACUUCAACACCACGACGACACAGGAUCCGAGUAUGGAUCCAUCAUAUGCAGCUCAGCUAGCACAGCAGUGCCCUCAAGGGAGCAUAAGCAAUCCUAACUUAGUGGUGCCAAUGGACCCUUCCACCCCAACCAUUAUGGAUACAUGUUACUAUGAUAACAUUCUAGCCAACAGAGGCUUGUUCACUUCCGACCAAACUCUUUUGGCAAAUCCCUCAACUGCAAAUCAAGUGAUUCAAAAUGCUCAAAACCCUCUUCUUUGGCAAAAUAAGUUUGCUGAUGCAAUGGUCAGAAUGGGUCAGAUUGGUGUCCUGACUGGAGAUGCUGGAGAGAUUCGGGCCAACUGUAGGGUGAUCAACAACUGAAUGUGUAUAUCCAAACCGAAGAGGAAAUGGACCAUUCAGUAUAGUUUAUGUCUUUCUACUCAACAAUGUUACAAUUUCCCCUGAUCAGGGGAAAACCACAUGGGUGAUGCUCUAGAUAGGGGACAAUGGGAGUUGCUUCUAUUCUAUCUUUGGGUUUUAGCGAAGUCACAAACGCUGUAAUUUUGAAAUUUACAUGUAAUUGUCAAUCACUAAUUGUAUUUGGAUGUGAGUAAGUAAACUGCCUACUUAACAUCUUUGCUUA